AUGGCGAUCCAGUUGGGGUUACUAACCGAGGACCUAGUUGCAAAUUUCCCCGCCAACUCCCAAUGCUUCCCCGUUGCCCGGCGCCGGCGCGUCCUCCCUCUCCUCUCCCAAUGCUCGCCGCUCCACCGGCACAGCACCGUCGCUAAGUUCCGCACGCCUACACGACGAAGCGCCCAUGGAGACAUCCGUCCUAGCAGCGGCGACUCGCUCGCCCUCGCGCGGCGGCGCGGCAUCACCGCUGGCCGCGCCCCGUUCGAGCUGCCCUUCCAGUGCUCGCUCAUCCGCCUCCAUGGCACCGUUGCGGAGGCCCAUGACCCGCCGCGGCAACCCGCCCGAGAAGGCAUCCGUUCGGCCAGCGAAAACCCCGCCGCACCCAAGCAGCAGCGCGGCGCCGCGGCCACUCGCGCCGAAACGCCAAACCGGGAGGAUGCCGUCUCCUACGCCGCCAACAUCAGCCGCCACCUCCAGCAACGUGACCUGCUGGGCGCGGAGGCGCUCUUCCGCGCGGCGCCCGCGGCUGCUCGGGGGCUUUACCUGGAUACCGUUAUGCUCGACGGGUACAUCAAGGCUGGGCGUGUCGACCGCGCGCGCGAGCUAUUCGACGGAAUGCCGAUGAAGAACGUCGUCGCGUGGACCUGCAUGGUCUCUGGGUACUGCCGCACCGGCCGUGUUCACGAAGCGCGCCAGUUGUUUGAUGUGAUGCCUGAUCCAAAUGUUGUUUCGUGGACAGCGAUGGUGCAGGGGUACGCAAGCAAUGGGAUGCUCAAGGAAGCCAGGGAGGUGUUUGAUCGAAUGCCUGAGAGGAAUGUGGUCGCUUGGACAGUCAUGGUUAAGGCCUACGCUGACAGUGGUCAGAUUCAAGAGGCAUGGGAACUGUUCGAUAGGAUGCCCAAGAGAAACACAUAUUCUUGGAAUGCCAUGAUUUCCGGUUUUCUCAGCGCUGGAAAAGUGGAUGAAGCAGUUCAAUUGUUUGAGACAAUGCCGCACAGGAAUGUGAUUUCUUGGACUAUAAUGGUCACUGGCUUGGCAAAGAAUGGUUUUGCGUGCAGGGCAAGAGAGUUCUUUGAUAUGAUGCCAAAAAAGGAUACUGCGGCAUGGAAUGCGAUGAUUACUGCUUAUGCCAACAAUGACCAGCUGAAUGAGGCCCAGAGAUUAUUCGAUUCGAUGCUUGCAAAAGACCUGGUGACCUGGAAUACCAUUAUCGAGGCGUAUUCCAAGACCAAGCAUAAGGAUGAAGCUGUAAACAUAUUUCUUCUUAUGCGACGCUCAGCGGUAUCUCCUAACAUCUGUACAUUAAUUAGUAUCCUAGUUAUGCUUGAGAGCACAAUGGAAGUUAAGCAAAUCCAUGGCUUGGUUGUCACACUUGGACUCCUGUCAGAAACUGAUUUAGGAAAUGCCUUGCUCACAAUGUACUCAAGAAGUGGAGAUCUGCUUUCUGCUCAGCUCACUUUUAAGAGAUUGGAAGUGAAGGAUACCAUAACAUGGACGUCGAUAAUGCAAGCUUUUGCGAACCAUGGCUGUGGUUACCAUGCCUUACAGGGCUUUGCUCAGAUGUUGAGGCAUGGGUAUAAGCCCAGUUCAACUACCUUUACGUCCAUUCUGUCAGCUUGUAGCCAUGUUGGCUUGGUCGAGAAAGGCCGCAAGAUUUUCAAAUCAAUUUACCAUGGCUACGGAAUAGAGCCAAGCAUUGAGCACUACUCUUGCCUUGUUGACCUUCUAGGUCGAGCAGGGUAUGUUAGGGAGGCCAAGGAACUUGUCGACAGUAUGCCACAGGGCAUGCGUGAUGAAGCCAUUCUUGGGACGCUACUAGGAGCCUGUGUGACGCAUAAAGAGGUAGAGGUAGCAAGAGAAGUGGGUGAGGAUCUUGUCAGAUUUGAACCCUCUGAUUCAGGACGCUACACGCUUCUGGCCAAUGUAUUUGCGUCACAUGGAAUGUGGGAUGAGACAGCAAAUGUGUGGAAGAUCAUGAAGGGCAGUAAGUCGAAGAAGGCGCCUGGUUUUAGUCAGAUUGAGGCGAACAUGAGGAAUCAUGUGUUCUACUCUAGGGAUCAAGAGCAUCCACAAUGUGCUGAAAUAUAUGAGAUGCUGAAUGACACGGUUGUUCCUCAGAUGAAGGGUUCAUCAUGCGUGGGAUUCUGGGAACCGACUCUCCAGUCUGAUCCAACUAUUUACCAGGCAUAGAGACCACAACAUGCCAGUGGUGUGAUCCACGGUCUGUAUAUAUCGUUGAAACUCGCUGCCAACUCAUUGUGGAUACAUGGAAGAACCCGGUGGAAAUUACUUUUGGAUACCAAGGAGCUCCGCAGGAAAUUAAUUUUCCCUUGCGCACCUCUAAUAAUGUCUCAACUAAUAUGCUUCUCCCUCCGUUCCAAAUUGUAGAUCGUUUUAGUUUUUCCAUCUAUACAUAUCAACACUAAAAUGACCUGCAAUUUGGAACGGAGGAAGUAUAAGCAAGCAUCUUACGAGCGGAGAGCAGCGUGGCAUGUUAGCACCUGCUUUCUUUCGAGAUAGCUUGAAAAACGAUUGUAAUCCUGCAUCUACAAUUCCAUUGUGCUAGCUGGAAAGAAAAAAAA